AUGUGUGACACAGUUCUUCCUCCUCAGGAAUAUGAGGCUCCUGCGAUAGAUGAUGGGAAGCUAGAGGUAGUGGCAAUCUUUGGUUCUGUACAGAUGGCAAUGUCCCGUAUCAUCAACCUGCAUCAUCAUCGCAUCGCCCAGUGCCGUGAGGUGAUGAUAACCAUCGAUGGUGAAGAAGGUAUCCCAGUGCAGGUGGAUGGGGAGGCCUGGGUUCAGAGGCCAGGCCUUAUCAAGAUUAGAUACAAGAACACUGCCCAGAUGCUGACAAGAGAUCGGGACUUUGAGAACUCAAUGAAAAUGUGGAAGUGCAAGCAUUCUGAAAUCCAGGCUGCCUCUCAACCCCAGCUGGACUCCCAGGAAUCUCAAGAUGGCCUCUCUGAUGAGGAGUAUGCCCAGAUGCAGCACUUAGCUCAGCUUGCAGAAAACCUCAUCAGCAGACUUACUGACCUGAGUAAGGUCCACCAGCAUGUGUCUGUCCUCAUGGAUUCUGUGAAUGCCAGUGCUAACAUACUGAAUGAUAUAUUUUACAACCAAGACAGUAGCAAUGAGGCAGGUGCAGCUUCCUGCACUCCCAUUGAGCUGAGAAAUGCUGAGUAUGUGGCCACACUGCAAACUUCCCUGGAUGCCAUGAAUAAGGAGUUUGAAAAGCUAUCUGAGAUUGACUGGAUGAAUUCAAUCCUUUCUCCAGAGGAAAAGUCUUCAGAUACUGACAAUAGAAGCCUCGGAUUGAAAGUUAAGUUCCCCAAAUUGGGAAAGAAGAAGCCAGAAGAGGAAGACAAACCUAAAUCAGGCCAAGGCAUCCAGGGCUUUAUUGGAAAUUUGUGGCACCGCAGACAUCAUGAAGAUGAAGCAAAAGAUGAUGAUCCUCCAACACCAUCAGGAUCUCAACUAUAA